AUGUCUAUCCCCCAAAGGGGCAAUAAAUAGCUUCAUUCAUCUGAAAAACUCGGUAUCCUUUUACCAGUCACCUUUUGAGUGUAAUUGAUGAUAAUGAGGUGACUGGCGUUUUGAUUGUAGAUCAAAAACGUCUUUUUCUUUUUUACAUUCAUUGUUUUCAUUCAAACGACCUUAAUUGCAGUAAAAAUGUUUGCGUGCGCCGUGCAAUGUUACGUAACGUAGCAAAUAUUUAACGUGUUUUUAUCGUAGUUGUUAGUUUUGCUUAGUAAGUUCACUUGUGCUUAUAUCUCAUAUCAUAUUCCUUCAGCUUCCUUCGUAUCGCACUAUGUGCAGUCUUUUCGCCGUUCGGCAGUUAGUCAGCUUUAUUAUUUCAGCAUAGUAACAAAUGUGAGUUUUGGUAUUUCUGUUUUGUUAUUUACAUUGUAAUUUCCUAAGCGUAUUUAGUUUUAGCGUACUUAGUUCAAUUUAAUUGUAAUAGGUUUCGUUCGUCAUUUUGUUUACAGUUUUAACCGGUUCUACCAACUAGUACUUGAGUUGUUGCAACAGAAUAAGUCAUUGAAGCCGCGUUAAAUUUAAAGCUGUCUACUUAUUGCUGAAGUCGCCCAUGGCAGUCACAUUGCUAAAAAUUUGUUCGAAGCUUCAAUGAUGUCUUCGGAACGAGUACUUGAAGAAUCGGACGAAGUAAACCCGCGAAUAAGGACUAGAAGACCGAAUACGACCCUCGAUUCAGAUGGAGUUCGUAGCGAAAGGAUUCGAAGCCUUAAAAACACUCGAAGAGGUCACACAGCAAAUGUAACCGCUAACGUUAGUGAAGUCAUCGAAUUACUUUAAGAAACUUACAUGAAGUAAAGGCAAAACUUUUAACCUCCGAAGAGGCCUUUCGUAGGUUUGGAUAAGCGCACAACAAUUAUGCAGCAGAACUCGAAAACGAAGAAGAGAAGAUUAAGUGCAUGGAGUAUUUCAGCCGCGAACAGGAGAAGUUCAAGGACUUCUAUCAGAGAGUGCUAGACUGGAUCUCGAGAGUCGAAGACAACCUCCUGGCUGCACUAUUGAAUAAAUUAACUCCUCGGCCAAAGUUUGUACAUAAAACAUGAGGGUUUUACUUUCUUAGCGGUUUGAACCUUUUAAAAAUAUAUAUUGAUGUUAAAUAUUGUCUACACAGGUAAAACAAACUAUGAAACACCAAAAUUACCACGAGCUGAAAUUAAAUCUCACAGGCUCGCUCCCUAAUCUGCGUCACGCACGAGCGACUUCGCUACAAUUAGUACAGUAACAAACAGAUAUUUACAUCUGUUAAUUUACAAUAAGUCUUAUUUUAAAAUAUCUUACUCAACGAUGUGCCAGGUUCCCCUGUUAACUUCCUGAAGUAAAAAUAAAAGAAAAUAUCAUAAUAGCAAUUCAAACUGAAACGAUAAGAAUUGAUUUUAUUAAGAAUGAGAAGCUUUAUGCCGUCAAUAGCCAAUCAGAAGUACCUGUUCUCACGAAAAUUGCAUCGUUCUUUAAAUAAAUAAAUCGAAUUAUCUUUAUCUGUGAAACAUUGCAUCUAAAACCAGAGUUUAUUGUCGGGGAACUUCAUAGAACAGCGAUGUCUUGCUCGUUCUUGAAUAUUGUUGGUGGGAUUUGCGGCGCAGACGAACGCACAAGUUCUUCAACUUCCGUCACGCCUCUCACGCGGUGUAACAGGGAUAUCAAAAAUCACAAAAAGUCGUUGAAAUUUUCCGGAAUUGAAACGGAGGUAGAAUUAAUUUUGGCGAGAUGUGGAUGUUUUCAAAAGCCGGAGAAUUUAUCGGAUAUGACCAGUGAAUUAUUUUUAGUCUAUUCAUUCUGAUGACUUGAGAUUACAUGAAAGAAUCAUUUGUUUAAACGACGGAGAGAAAUAAGUAAGGUUGAUGAAGGACAUUUCGUUACUUAUCUCUUCAUUCAUUUGUCCAAUCCAAUUUUUUUAUAACAACCUUUAUUUCAUGCCUCUCCUUUUUUUAUGGAUUGCGCUUAUAUUAGUGCGUGCACUGUAUAGUGCCCUACCCACUUUGUCGCCAGGUAUGUGAGUGAGUGAGUGAGUGCCGGUGUCCGUAAACAAACAGGUCCGCAGCGCGUGCACAGCACUACCCACAUGUAUACAAUGAGUUCCUAUUUUUUAUCAGUAUCUCUCAGUUCGUACGCGGGGUGUGAUUGGUCAAUUUUGCGCGGCCCACUAAACUUUAACUAGUUUCCAUUCCCGCGCGCCCGAUUGACCUCAGAGACAUAAUGAAUAUCUUACUAACCUCGUUUCGCAGUCUGUAACUUACAGUACGCACCUGGAAUUUGGUUAGUAGGGGUUAAUUUACUUUGUUUAAAACAUUUCAAUUUCGUUUCGCAAAAAGCCACUUGAGAAAGAUAUAAACUAUAAACAAAAAAAAAAGAAUAGUCUAAUCACAUUGCUACUCCCCCUUCUUCUCACCUCUUAUCGCGCAGUCAACUUUCGAUUGUUAUUUUAUUCUGUGGGUCGACAAAACUUCGGACUUUUGUGUUUAAAAAAUACGCGCCUUUCGGUAAUUUCGUAGUUUUGACGGGAGUUUGACUAUGUUUUUUCUAAAGGAAUUUGCGUAAAAUGCAGAAAGAUGCUUAGUGUGUAUAAGGAAAGAGCACCUGAGAAAUGCCAGAUGACCGCUGCAGUUUCAGAGAUCGCCGAAACCUUGAACAAGUUAAAUCUGGUAAGUAUACGCACAUGCUUUAUUAUAUAAUAUGAAAUACCGGUGACAAGACACUUUCCCAGUUAUAUCGCUUAUCAGAGACCUUAUAGUCUUUCUGUCAUGUCAGCCAAUCUCUAAACGUUUCUUCAGGCCACCAAUAAGCAUUCAUCCUUUCACUUCACAAAGUCAUACAAACUCACAAUCCAAAAUCAUUAUGACGUCGUUUACGUCUUGAUCUAUUCCCCACACUUUAAAGUAUAUUUAAGGUCUUUUUUAAAAUUUUUAUUUUAUUUGCCGGGGGGUGGGUGGGUGGGUGGGAGGCGAGGGGGCAGGAGAGAGGAGGAUGUAGAUUGGAUGGGUGGCCAACCCUCUCCAUUGUGUAUCUGCAGAAGUAAGAAAAUUAAUUUGUACAUCAAAACCUAAAUACGUUAUAUUACACCAUUUGAAAUCUAAAAAAGCAUGUGUCGAGGACCGUUAAAUUACUUGUCCUAUGAUAUGUGUCCAUGGCAGCCGAAAUUAGACAGCUCUUAAUUAGAAUUUCGUUAAUUUAAAGUUUAACUGGAAAACUUGGUAAUCCAGAGUCGGAAGCAGGGUUCGUGAAUGAUAUAAGGAAGUCAUAGGUGUUUUAACACUAACUUUACUAGAAAUGUCGAACUGGCCCACGAAUCGAGGGCGAAUCUUUUGUUCAUUGUAUAUAUAAAAUAUUUUAACUUUUUCGCACUACAGGUCGAUCAUGAAGCUGACACUGAUAUUUCCCUUCCUGUACCGAUCACUGAUACUGAAUGCAAAGAAGGUAGAUCUAAACGAGAGAGCCUUUACGUGCCAGACGAAGAUUCGCAAGAAAGCGAAGAUGACAUAAACUAUGUGCAAGGUGAAUCCCUGAAACAGCUCAAUCGCUUUCUACAGCUUCGUGACACCAGCCCAGUCCGCCACGUACUAUCAGUACCAUGGAAUGUAGCUCAAAGCCGUACUAAACGCCGUUAUUUGAGAAAAGCUGAACAGUGUGCUUCAGCAGUAAUGGAAGUCCUUGCUCCUGAAGAUUCGAGUUGCUUGUGGAGGGAAUUAUGUGAGCACGAAGUGAAUCGAAGAACAACUGGCGCGAAAAGUUGUCAGGAAGUGGAGCUUCUUCAAGCGUUUGCCGAGAGUUAUUUGAACGCUCAACACUGGAGUACCCGUCGGCAAAUACUCUCAAUCCUGGCUGACAAGUUGUCUUUCAAAGAGGUGCAAGAAUUUAUCCCAACCCUGACAAGUUACCGCUUUGACAUAGCGCGACACCACACCCUGCCUCAUGGAAGAGCAGAACCGAUUCCUCGCCAAGAAAACAGGAGAAUGAAAGUUGACCAAGGAAAAUUGGAAGAUUUCAUUUCAUUGAUCACAAUUUCACAUGUGAUUCAGGAUGUUCCAUUUGGCGAAAGGCUUUUGAAAUUAUCAACCGGUGAGGUUAUUAAAACACCAAAUGUAAUCAUAAUGAUGAUUCCGGAGCGUAUUGUUCAACAGUACCAACAAUAUUGCAGUGAAAGAGGUUUUGAGCCCAUGAGCAGGCGAACACUGCAUAGAGUGCUAGAUGAGUAUUCUGCGUCUGUUAGGAAGUCUUUUCAAGGACUUGAUAACUUUUCAUCUCGAGGAGCAGAGGCAUUUGAUGACCCGGACAAAGUGGUCGAUAAACUGGUUGAUGGUGGAAAAACAGAAGUGUGGGCCAGGGAAAUGAAGCAACAGUUACGCUCAUCAAAGCAAUACCUGAAAAGUGACUACAAGGUAUUUGAUUUAUUUCAUUACACGGUUUGUUAUGAAGUACUUCAAGAGAAAGGCGCAAAACUGACAGAAAUUUGAUGCAACAACACAGGCAAAUUAUUUUCCUAAAGUUCAAAUCUUUGAAAAUGCAUAAUAUUGAUACUUGAACUAGUUCCAGGUCCUCUCGUGCGUAACUAAGGAAGGAAUUAUUGUCGAUAACCUGUAAGUUAUAUUUAUACAUUUUGCAAACAAAGGGGGACCGUCGGCCUUUUCAAUGUAAUUGUUUUAUGGAAAUAGUAGUUAAGAUCAGGACGAUAUAAUUACUGUAUUUCCUCCGCUAAGUGCCCGGGCGCUGGAUCGAGUCAGGAAGGGGCUCCUAAUAUAGAGGUUGGGCGCUUGUUCCAAGGGCGAUUUACUUAAGAGGAGCUCGCUUAUUGGAGGAAAUGCGGUGAUUGAAAUUGUUUACGUUUUUAUUGUCUUCGGCUUGUUUCAGGUCCAUGUGGUUGAAUCUUCGAGCAUUGCUGAUCAUUGUAGGACUUACGCCUUAAGUGACUCAACAGACUCUGACUUCCAAGGCCACUGCAGUCAUUCACACAACGAAACAUGUGCACAGUGUUGCCAGCUGCAAGAAGUUCUAAGCAUCUUGGAGAGUGAGUGUUCAAGUGCAGUUUAUAACCAGGAGCAGAAAUCGGACAUGCUACACGCUGUUAAGCAGGCCAGAAAUAAUAUCAUGAGCUGGAAAGCCCACCAGUUGCGCUCCGUUCACCAACAUCAGGCCAAAUGUUCUGUUCUAGCUAAAAUGAAGAGCAAAUGCGACGUGUUACUAGUGCAGGAUUGGGCAAUGAAUUUUAUGCCACGAAAAUUUCGAGAGCCGCAAUCAGACUGGUUUGCUAAGCGCGGCUUACCAUGGCACAUAACAGUUGCUAUUAGGAAGUCGGAAGAAGGCGAGCACUUUGAGUCUCAAACACUCGUACAUGUCUUUCAGAACUGUUUAGAAGACAGCGCUGUAGUGGUAUCGAUAAUGCAGGAUUGUCUUGUUUCGCUGAAGAAGGAAAUGCCGGAAUUAGAAAGGGCGUUUUAUAAACAAGAUAAUGCCGGCUGUUACCACAGCGGAUACACUAUCGUUUCAGCAAAAUUUGCAGGCGACAUUGCUGGCGUGGGCGUGGAACGGAACGACUUUUCCGAUCCUCAAGGUGGAAAAGGAAUAUGCGACCGCCAAGCAGCGACUAUUAAAGGAGACAUUGGAAGAUAUGUAAACGAGGGCAAUGAUGUGACAAAAGCAAUUCAGCUCAAAACAGCCAUAGAGUCUGGUCCAGGAUCUUGCGCUAAGGCUAGAUACGUUACAUUCAACCUGUCAUGCACUCGGCACGUCAAAUGGGAUAGUGUAAGCUUACUCAACAACUUCAAGUAUGAGGAGAACGGAAUACGAGCGUGGAGGACAUUUAAUGUGGGUCCUGGAAAGUUGCUACCGCGGUCUCAGUUUGAAGGAGUUUUGCAGGUCCCGGAAACUCUUGAAGUGGUUGAUCCCCCAUAGCAGAAAUUGAGUACUAAGCCAUCUUUCAAGAAGGUGAGACACAGACAUGUAAAUAAAAAAUCUGCAAGUGAUCCAAACGCAGCCAGUGAUGCCAAUAGCCGUGAACAAGAAGAUGAUGAUGGUGAAAACGAGCAAGCCUCGUCACUUUUCCCAUGCCCCGAGGAAGGGUGCAUUAAAGCAUACAGCCGCUUUGUAUCAUUACAAGCACAUCUAGACACGGGGAAACACAAGCGACUACCUGAACAGGAAACGCUGUAUGACAAAGCAAAACGAGGAUAUGCUUCAAAGCUAAUGGAUGAAGGUAGCAGUAUUUCCACUGUGCAGUUACAAUGUGAAGAACAAAACAGCCAAUGCUUUUCGCCCCUUACAAUGGGAUGGGCACUUAAGACAACCACAAAGAAGACACGUUUUACGCAAAAACAGAAUGAAUUUUUGAAACAACAAUUUGAAAUUGGCGAGCAGAGUGGAAGGAAAGCAGAUCCGAAUGAAGUCUCAAAAAUGAUGAGAUCUUCAAGGGACGAGUUAGGAGCUCGUACAUUUCUACCAGAAGAAGUUCUAACAGGACAGCAAAUCACUGGAUUCUUCUCA